AUGCGCUUCCCUGUUUCAUUAGCUUCUGUUUUCCUAUUUUCUCCUUGUUUGUUCAUGCUGUUCCUCAUUCUGAAUCCUUCUAGCUACCAAAGAUACAAUCCUUCUACCACUAAUGCCAGCACUAUUCAUGAAAUUUCACGUGAAGAAGAAGAAAUUUCCUCUGUAGUGAAUGAAGAUGUAUAUGCCAGUGUCAGUUCUAAGCAUGGUGCAGAAAAUGAUCAUGGGGUUGGGGAUUCUAGUUCUUCCUCUCAUAAAACAGGUUUUUCACAAAAUGGUGCGCACUCAUCAGAUGAUAGAACAAAACCAGAUGAUGGGGUUGUGAAAAAGGAAGGUUCUCUGCUCACACCAAAACCAAGUGAUAGAACAAAACCGCCAAAAAAAAAGCCUCUUCUUACCUCACCAAAUGCUAGAAAGGGUACACGAAAUGUGAAGCGGAGUCAACAUGGGAAGAAGCGCUUGAGGAAGAAAAGGAAGACAAAGUGUGAUGUGUUUGAAGGGUCAUGGGUUAGAGAUGAUUCAUAUCCACUUUACAAAGCAGGGUCAUGUCCCCAUAUUGAUGAGCCUUUCGACUGUUUUGUCAAUGGAAGGAGUGAUAAUUUGUAUGAGAAGUUCCGUUGGCAGCCCAAAAAUUGCAAAUUGCCAAGGUUAAAUGCUAGCAACAUGUUGGAAAUGCUGAGAGGAAAACGUGUAGCCUUUGUUGGUGAUUCCCUCAAUAGGAAUAUGUGGGAAUCUCUGGUUUGUAUUCUUGGAAAUUCAGUGGAAGAUAAGAGCAGAAUGUUUGAAGCUUCUGGUAGAGAAGAGUUUCGGACAGAGGAUUCUUACUCAUUUAUCUUCAAAGAUUACAAUUGUUCAAUUGAGUUCUUCCGUUCACCGUUUCUUGUUCAAGAGUGGAGGAUUCCAGACCAGAAAGGAUCAGCUACAGAAAUACUUCGUCUUGACUUGGUUGAGAGAUCUUGUGAUAAGUACAAAAAUGCUGAUGUUGUGAUCUUCAACACAGGUCACUGGUGGACUCAUGAUAAAACAAAUGGAGGGAAGGAAUACUAUCAAGAAGGAGAUCAUAUCCUUGGACAAUUGAAUGUUGAGAAGGCAUUUCAUAAAGCUUUGUUGACAUGGGCAAAGUGGGUGGAUACUAAUAUUGAUCCUCAGAAAACUAUAGUUGUCUUUAGGGCUUUUGCUCCUGCUCACUUCACGGGUGGAGAGUGGAACUCAGGUGGUCAGUGUGACAAUGAGAGAGAACCCAUGAAAAAUGAGUCUAAUUUAUCAGAAAAUCCUCCAAUGAUGAGGACCAUAGAGUCAGUAGUUAAGAGCAUGAAAAUUCCAGUCUUCUACUUGAACAUCACCAAAAUGACUGAUUUACGGCAUGAUGCUCACCCUUCCUUGUACAGACACAUGAAUAUGACAGAAGAGUCAAAAAAAUAUAUGCUCACACACCAGGAUUGUAGCCAUUGGUGUCUUCCUGGUGUUCCUGACUUGUGGAAUGAAAUAGUGUAUGCUCACCUUUUACAUAGCAUGAAAAGAAACAAGGGCAAACCCCAAAAAUAA